AGAUCAAUUUUCGGCUCGUGGCAGCACGGGUUGGGAGUCUUUUACCAUUCGAUCCUUUCUGACACCAGAAGGCCGCCGAGGCCGCCAUGUCUGAGGAGGCUGACCGAGCGGCGGCUGCCAAACGCCAUGACGUCGUCGAGGCGGCAGAGAAGGGCGACCUGCCGGCGGUGCGCCAUUUUGUGCGCCAGAACCACGCCGCGGCGCUCAGCGCGAAGAAUAGAUAUGGCGUCACGGCGCUCAUGCGCGCCGCGGCUGACGACCACCUCGACGUGGUGCACUUCCUCCUCGAGGCCAAGGCGGACGUCGAUGUCGCGAAAGAUGAUGGUCGCACGGCCCUUCAUUGUGCUGCCUACGAGGGCCACCUGCGCAGCGCGGAGCUGUUGGUGGCCGCGGGCGCCUCGCUCGACGUCAAGGACAAAGACGGAGACACACCAUUGGAUGACGCUCGUUCACAGGGCCACGACAACGUGGUGAAGCUAUUGGAAUCUGCGGCACAGAAGAAAGUGGAGGCGAAGGCAGCCACGGGAGGAUACACCGCCAAGGUGCCUGAGGCAAAGCCUAGCGCAGCUCCCAUCGCAGCCAAGGCGAAGUCCGGUGCUGAACCGCCCGCCGCAGAUGCAUCUCCCACUCGAAAGGGCCUUGAUGUCCGGACCAUGAGAUGGUAUUCGCACUACCUCCACAGCAUUUACAUGAUGAUUGACAGCUGCUUCGAUGAAGAAGCAACAGGCAUUGUCAUGGUGGGCCUUCAGCCCACCAUUGACCGCGAAAUGACAUGCCUGGAAUGGCCAUGUUUGCAGCAAGAUUUGCGAUUGGCGUUUCAGGAAGAGAAGCAUCCCUUCUUUAGUGGUGGCAAGAAACGCCUGGAGUUUGAUGACAUCACGUUUAAGCGUGUGAGGUUGGAAGAUCUAGGCGAAGAGCUUGAGGUGAGCACCAGGAGAGGAAAGUAUGCCAUCAUUGCUUCCUGCACCGACACGCAUUUCGAAGCUGCAGCCACGGCUAUGCGAGAGCACAACCGAAGAGCUCUGGAGGGACAUGGCAAAGUCAGAAAGGCCUGGGCAACUGCCAACGACGAGUAUGGCCGGCCGACGCAUCCAUAGAUCUGAGGACAUGCUCUUCGUCACCAGCUCGCAGGACUGAAGGCCUUCUUGUGUGUCUCACCAGCUUAGCUCCCGAUGAACUCGGCAGCCACACCGGUACUGAAGUGUUCUG